CCGCAUCCUACGUCAUCAGCGGGCGACAGUAUUUUCAUUGACAUGGCAUGCUUGCUACUUUGUGGCAGAUAGUAGUUAACAGUUUUCUGCAGUUUUUCUGUAACUCCGGGAGGAUGACCAUGGAUUUGACUUUCCUCGGGACGGGCUCGGCGUACCCGUCCCCUCACCGCGGUGCCUCGGCUCUGGUGCUGCGGACGGACGGGGAGUGCUGGCUGUUUGACUGCGGAGAGGGAACCCAGACCCAGCUAAUGAAGAGCCAGCUCAGAGCCGGGCGAAUCACCAAGGUUUUCAUCUCCCACUUGCAUGGAGAUCACCUGUUUGGUUUACCUGGUCUCCUCUGCACUGUGAGCCUCAACACCAGCUCUGAAUCUCAGCAGGACCUGAACUGUGUGGAAAUCUACGGGCCACGGGGUCUCAGACACUUUCUCAGAGUCACUCUUGGCAUCACUGGAUCACAGCUGCUCUUCCCUUAUGCAGUGCAUGAAUUGGAGCCCACACCUGACCAGAGUCCAGAAGAGGGAAAACUUAACCCAGAGAUGACAGCAGAGCGCGGUCCUCUCCAUCCUCAGGAGCAACCAGGCAGAACGAUCUCCUUGGAUGUCUCCAGUGACACUUAUCUUCUCUUUGAAGACCAGAAGUUUGUGGUCAAAGCCUUCAGGUUGUUUCACCGCAUCCCUUCCUUUGGUUUUUGCAUUCAGGAGCGAGAUCGACCUGGAAGGUUGAAAACAGAACUACUGAAGGAACUAGGCCUGAAACCAGGCCCUCUCUAUGGGCGCCUCAAAGCUGGGGAGUCAGUAACUCUUGAAAGCGGGCGUGUGGUGCAGCCUAGUGAGGUGCUAGAAGAAGCUAUUCCUGGGAGGAAAGUCUGCAUUUUAGGGGACUGUAGCUCGGUGCUUGGGGAAGGGCCGCAGAGGUUGUGCAGCGGAGCGGACAUUCUGGUUCAUGAGGCCACCCUUGGGAACGAGCACAGAGAGAAAGCAGUGGACCAUGGGCACAGCACACCUGAGAUGGCAGCGGCAGUAGCACGCGCUUGCUGUGCACGGAGGCUGGUGCUAAACCACUUCAGUCAGCGGUACAAACCCAGCGCUAUGGUGAAGGAAGGAGACGAAGACCAUGUUUCAGAGUUAAAGAGACAGGCUGAAGAGGCUUUGCAGGGCACUGGGGUAGAAGUGAUUCUGGCAGAGGACUUUCUCACUCUACAGAUCUCUCUCAGAAGAUCAAGGUAAUAAGCAGCUGGUUUAGUGUGUAUAAAGCUGGUAGUGUUUUGGCUAAAAGGAGAGGAAUUGUCUGUAUAUUUUAUGAUGUAAGGUGAAAUUGUCUGCUCUUUGUCUAACUUGUUUUUAUUAUUAAAAGUCAAAUUAGUGAACUGACAAAAAAAUCAAGCUCAAGGUCCUCUUGUUUGCAAUCUACGUUGAUAAUCUAUAUUAUCAUUAACAGAUUUCUAUUUUAGGGAAUUUUAUUAGUUGUCAUACAUGUUGGCUCUGAACCUGAGCUUGGCAAUGGCAGUUUUUGCAGUGGCAAAAACACUUCAUCUCAGGCUUGAUUAAUUUGCUUUAUUCAAGUCUUAUAUUCUGGUUCCUAAAAGCAAAAUUGCUGAGUGUCAGUGUCACUUUGCAGUUAAAUCACUGUCCUCCAGCAACUAUGUCACUGGCUGUGGAGGAAUGUCCCUGUAAGGUUCUGGCUGAAUAUAAGUAGUUGUUGAGAAUGUCUGUGGCUAUUUUGCUGAUUUUUAACAGCUAACUAAUGAAUGAAUUACAAACAGGCACUGAGUGGUUGCAGACCUGAUCUCAUAUCAAGGAAGGAACAAUUUAAAAAGAAAAAGACAGCAAGUUUAUUGCACGCAGUCCCAAUAAUGUUGUUCGUUAUUCAAUCUCUAGCCAGUUUUCCCUAGUGUGACUAGGAAAAGUACUUUUUAGUACUUUGCCUACAAAGUAAAGGUUGCACCUUUGUGUUGAUUGGAUAGCUUUUAUUUUGUAGGCAAAUGUUUUCAUUUACUACUUAAUAAUUGACAAGUGUUUGCAGACAAGUUGCUGUCUUCCAUGCAAACUGUGGGCACCUGCAGCAUUCUGAUAGAGACCAAAGCAAGUGCAAGGUUUUAUUUUGGUAUAGCACUUGCUUUGUGACCAAGUUCACCCAGCAACAAUCAGCAACCGCUUGCUAACCAAUCAGGCAAUACAUUUUCCCUACUAACUUGUGGUUGCAAGGAUUUAAGGCCAGUUCAGAUGGAACAGGCAGUAAGCAAAACUUGAGCUGAGAUUUUGUCAGUUUAAAGAAUGGUUUUGGGGGCGCUGUAAAUAAUACUUGUCCCAAAAACUAAUGACUAAAACUAUUUUUUUUUUAUGUCACGAGGAAUUUAAGCCUUGAGUUUUGUUAAACUGCAGCUCUCAUGUAAAGAGUAAAUGUAAUGAUAAAGAUGCAGCAAUAAUCUUCGAACCUUUUCCAGAGCUUUAUUUCUGGAUCUGUACACAAGGUAUUAAAGUACAACAUAAAAUACAAAAUAAUGUUUAACAAAAGAAAAAAAAAACGAAAACUCAAUGUUUAUGUACAAUUUUUAUAAACAAUAAAGAUAGCUUCUUGAA